CCAUCCCCGCGCAAGGGUUUGGGCCUUGUUCGCCAUAUCAAAAUAUCCCGACCAGAUUCUCCGUUGCAGGACCAAGCCAGCAGCCAAUCAGCUCAGAUCCAGCUGCCCAAAGAAAAAGAGAAGCAAUGCCACAUUCGCUCUCUCUCAACUCGGGCAACGCCGCUGCUAUCAAGGACGAGCAAAUAGACGGCGAACCAGGAAUUCCCACCAACAUUGCUCCAGCACAGACAACCGCAACCAUGUCAGACGACGAUCUCGAUGUCGAUAUGAACGAGAUGGAGGCACCGCCCGCAGGCCAAGCCGAGGAAUCAAAAAAGGAGGUCAAGUUGGACGAGCUAUUCGCAGAUGUCGACUCCGACGACGAGUUUCCGAGCUUAGCGCCCGUUAAGCGCGAAGGCGUCAGCUCACCGGCACGAGCAGCUUCACCCUCAGACAUCCCCGCCUCAGAUCCAGAGGUCAUGCGCAGCUUUUACCAACGACUCUUCCCCUGGCGACAGCUCUUCCAGUGGUUGAACCACAGCCCAACGCCUACAAAUGACUUUGGCAAUCGCGAGUUUGCAUUUACUCUGCAAAACGACGCAUAUCUGCGGUACCAGUCUUUUGCAACGGCAGAUCUACUACGAAAAGAUGUCCUCCGCCUCAUGCCCUCCCGUUUCGAAAUCGGCCCCGUCUAUACAACGAACCCUCGAGAUCGAAAAUCCUUGCACAAGUCGUCCGCCUUCAAGCCCCUGUCGAAAGAGCUUUGCUUUGAUAUCGAUUUGACCGAUUAUGACGACAUCCGAACAUGCUGUGACAAGGCCACCAUCUGCAACAAGUGCUGGCAAUUCAUGACCAUGGCCAUCAAGGUUGUCGAUAUAGCUCUGAGAGACGACUUUGGCUUCAACCACAUCAUGUGGGUGUACUCUGGACGAAGAGGUGCCCACGCUUGGGUAUGCGACAAGAAGGCUCGGUCAAUGGAUGAUCAGAAGCGGAGGGCCAUAGCAAACUACCUGGAAGUAAUCAAGGGUGGUUCACACAGUGGCAAGAAGGUCAAUGUCAAGAGACCACUACACCCACACCUCAGCCGGAGUCUCGACAUUCUCAAGACGCACUUCCAAGAAGAUGUACUGGCUGUCCAGGAUCCUUGGGGAACAGAUGAACAAGCUCAGAAACUAUUACAACUUCUCCCGGAUCGCACUCUAAACGAUUCAUUACGCCGUAAAUGGGAAGCCGCUCCAGGGCGAUCGUCAACAUCAAAAUGGGCUGAUAUUGACGCUGUGGCUAAGACCGGUGCAAGUAAGCAUCUGGACGCAAAAGGAUUGCUGGAAGCUAAGCAGGAUAUUGUACUGGAAUAUACAUAUCCUCGCCUCGAUAUCGAAGUCAGCAAGAAGCUGAACCAUUUGCUCAAGAGCCCCUUUGUUGUGCAUCCAGGCACGGGGCGAGUCUGCGUGCCCAUUGAUACCAAAAACCUCGAGGACUUUGAUCCUCUUGGCGUACCUACGGUGCAAAGCUUACUCGCGGAAAUCGAUACUUGGAAGGGUGGAGAGGACGGUGAUGAAGAUGACAAGUCCAAAGCCAACGUUGCUGACUGGGAAAAGACCAGCCUCAAGCCGUAUGUUGAGCAAUUCAGAUCAUUUGUGUCGGCUCUCAUCAAAGAUGAAGGUGUUGCAAAAGUAAAGCGAGAGCGAGAGGACGAUUCAAUGGAUUUUUAGAGUCAUAAUGAUAUGGAGCAUCAAUGGACUGUCACCAGGUUGCAUAUAGCAGGAGGGAUAUAUAAUUUUGUGCAGCAGGUUUUUGGGCAUGAAUCUUGCUUGGUAUUAUUCAAGGAGCCGUAUACAACAAUUACGCCUAUGAUGAUGUCUCUUUUACUUGUUCAGCGUGUCCUUCGUCUGCAGCAUCAGCUGAUGCCUCAGCUGUUGCAGCGUCUUGUGCCUUGGUUUCUGAUGUCUCCUCCUCAUCGUCUUCUUCAUCCUGCCCCUGCUCCUCCUCCUCACCUGCUUCCUCACCCUCUUCCUCACCUCCUUCACCAUCGCCGGCAUCCUCACCCCUUAAUCUUCCGCCCUUUCUCUUUGGGAUCACGCUCAAAAACGCCUGGCCCCAGUCGCCGCACUCUAGCCACUUGAGCAUAAUCUCAACAACAUGGUUCGUCGCUAGGACUUGCCGGCUCUGCAUUACCAUGAAUUGGCCAAUUGGCAAUCUUGCUGUACGGAUGCCCUUUUCCCGCGCGCGUCUAUAGCAAAGGCCCUUUUCGCGGUUCUUGUCAACCAGUCCACCUACGACAUAGCAUGUGUUUGGUUCCAGGCGUUCAAGUGUGUAAGGGGAAUCAGAUGACAAGUACACAACGUCCUUGUUCGCCUCAUCCAGGGGCGGCUCCGGGCCAGGAAUAGGAAAAGGGUCGGUUUCAUCACGAGUCCACGCGGGAGCCUCGUCGAGGCUGCGCUGCAGCGACUC